UGUGUGUGCAGUACAGAUGUUGAUUAUAAGUUUGGGUUGUUGGUGUGUUUGCGCGGUGUUUUUUAAACUGUUUGAUGUUGAACGGAAGUGAGAGCGGAAGUGAGUGUUUUAUUAAAUCUGGAGUGUUUAUCAGUAAUGAUUCAGCAGCUGGAGAUUCAAACCGGAUCCACAACAUCACUCUGACAUCACUCUGAUGUCACCAUGAGCUCGUACACACGUGGCGCCCCCACCGUCUUCUUCAUAAGUGCGGUGUGUGUGCUGGCGCGGAGGGAUUGGGAUGCGACCGGAGGAGAAGUGCCCUUUAUCGGCGGGCGUCUCUCAGGACAUCCCAUGCUGUAUUUUGGACGAGAGGCUGUCCCGGAGCUGAGGAAGGCAGGACUCACCACUCAUGCCCACCUGGCACUGCAAAUACGGCAGGCUGGCGAGGCCAUGCUGUCCAGCCCCGGCCAGUUUCUGCCCCCCAGCGACCCCAAGGAGUUCAGCGCCCGUUGGAACGAAAUUUACGGGAACAAUCUGUGUGUUUUGGCUUUAUUCUGCCUGCUUUACCCACAACGCACUGGGGCACUCGGCAUGGCACGCCAGUAUAUGGAGAGGAUGGCAUCACAACCUAGCUGGUUGGUGAGGGACGCUCCGUGGGACGAGGUUCCGAUGGCGCACUCAUUGGUGGGCUUUGCGACGGCGUAUGAUUUCCUGUACGAGUUCCUGAGUGAGGAGGAACAGGAACGUUACCUGCACGUUAUUGGAAACGCCUCGUUAUACAUGUACGAGAAAUCCUCUCAGAGGGGGUGGAGCUUCCAGUACCUGCACAACCACCAACCAACCAACUGCGUCGCCCUGCUGACAUCAUCACUCGUGCUCAUGAACCAGGGAUGUUUACAGGAAGCGUAUGUAUACAUUCAGCAGGUCAUGUCGAUCAUGGAGAAGGCGUUGGUGGUGCUGCGUUCAGUAGCUGACGGUUCUCUGUAUGAAGGUGUUGCGUAUGGAACCUACAGCACUCGCUCCCUGUUCCAGUACGUCCAUCUUCUACAGAGACACUUCAACAUCUCUCACUUCACUCACCCCUGGUUCCAAAAACACUUCCACUUCCUCUACAGCACGCUGCUCCCUGGUUUCCAGAGAAGUGUUGCUAUUGGAGACUCAAACUAUAACUGGUUUUAUGGACCUGAAAGUCAGCUGGUGUUCCUGGAUCGCUACAUUAUGAGGAACGGCUAUGCUAACUUCCUGGCUGAACAGAUCCGAAGAUACCGCGUUCAGGAUGGACCGGGACAACCGGCACGGGGACAGAAGUGGAGUACACUACACACCGAGUAUAUCUGGUAUGAUGCGGGCCUUAAACCAACACCACCUCCAGAUUUUGGGACCCCACAGCUGCACUAUUUUGAUGAUUGGGGAGUGGUGACAUGGGGAGGUGCUCUGCCUGCGGGGAGGAACCACUCAUUUCUGUCGUUUAAGUCGGGGAAACUGGGUGGGCGUGCCAUCUUUGACAUUGUGCACCAGAGGCGAUACGGCGAGUGGAUUCGUGGCUGGAAGAACUUCAAUGCUGGACACGAGCACCCUGACCAGAACUCCUUCACAUUUGCCCCGGGGGGGUUUCCCUUCAUUACUGAGGGACUGUACGGACCCAAAUAUACCCUCCUCAACAAUGCCCUCAUGUUUGCACCCUCUCUGUCCCGGGACUGCUUUGCCCCCUGGGAGGGUCAGGUGACCGAGUCCUGCGAUUCUAAGUGGUCGAAGUACAAGUACGGAGCGGCAGCGGACUGUGAGGGGCGAGUGGAGGCGGCUCUGGAGAGGAGCGGUGUCGUGUUUAUACGUGGUGAAGGACGGGCGGCAUACAACCCGGCGCUGAAAAUACGGAACCUGCAGAGGAACCUGGUCCUGCUCCAGCCUGACCUCCUGCUCCUCCUGGACCAUGUGGACCUGGAUUCAGGAAGUCCUGUUCGCAACAUGAGCGCCUUCUUCCACAACACAGACUUUCCUUUCCAGCAGACAUCAAGCAACGGCGUCCAGGGAGCUUUUGUCCAGAACAGACAGGACGUGUACACCAUGCUGUGGAGGGACGACUCAGGGUUCAGCGGGACUGCUGACACUUCAUACUUUGCAUACCCACAUGGGUACCCCUACAACGGCACCAACUUUGUUAAUGUGACCACGCCUCUGCGCCUCCCACACACUCGUGUUGCGUACAUCUUUUUUGGUCCAGACGUUGAGGUUCGUAGUUUCUCCUUGCGUGGCGACUCGGAGAGAAUCGAUGUUUAUUUGACCACACAAGACCACACCUUCACUGUCCACAUCCUGACCUCAGAGAACCCCAGCAAGCCCCUGUUUGCCAUGGUUCUGAUGGACAAAAAGCACAAAAUUGCCUUUGAGCGUGAGGCUGCAACGCAAGAGCGCCCCCUAGAGGUGGUGACGGACUAUGUGAAUGUAGUGCAGCAGAACCUCCAGCUGGUUAAACCCUUGUUCCAGGAGAUGAAGCGCCGGGUCCAAGGGCGCAUUCUUAAUCCAGAGGGGUUCAGCAGAAUCACAGAGCGAGUGAGAAACUCUGAGAAGAAGAAAAAGAAGCUGAAGACAAAGAAAAAAGCAGCAGUGGCCAUGGAGAAGAUGUUCUCUGUGAAGGAGAGGAUAAACGAUAAGAUAAAAAAGAAAGUGAGUCGUGGUGACCGACAGCAUGAUGUCUUCUCUCAGAUAAAGCAGCGUGAGAAGAAGCAGAAGGUUUUUAAGCAGGAGCAUGAUGAAGACUCCAGAGGGUUCGGGGACAGCAGUGAUGGGUACAGGCACAGAAAGGCUGGGUUAGUAAAAGGUCGUGUGUUUAAUGAAGUGCCGAUCCUGGAAGAGGAAAGUGUGACUGAAGCGUCCGUCUCUGUGUCCUAUAUCCGUCUGUUUCUGGUGGUAAAUAUGGGUGCAUUCUUUUUGCUGCUGGCUGUUCUUCUCACUCAGCUCCAGCGAGCACCGAGUCUCCAGACCCAACGCUGCAUCUACUGCGUCCUGCUGCUCGACAGCUUCAUCCUGCUCAGCCUUUACUCCUCCUGCUCACAGGGCCACUGCUGAUGUCAUAAAUGUGGGAUGUUUCUUAUUAAAGCCUUAACAUCAUCAUCCUCCGACAGUCCCAACGUUAUAUUUGUGCUGUGGUACAAUAAGUGGAUCCUCACUGAAAGAUCUUCAACACAGAACACAAACAGCAAACCAAAACUUUUUACCUACACUCCAGAUGGGUUCCUUUAUCAUCUCAACUCAGCUCAGCUCAAAUGAAGCUUUAUUGGCAUAACAAGUAAGGACAUUCGUAUUGCCAAAACUCCUUAAGGGGCUGUUUUGACCCAAAUAAUCUCUUUAAACAAUGUCAUCAUGUUUGAACCCUCUCCAUUUGAGGCUGCUUUGCUCCUUGGGAGGGUCGGAGGAUCGAGUCCUGUAUGUAUAGAGCAGCAGUGAACUUGGAUACUUGGUGAAGAACAUGCUGUGUACAAUCCGGUUCUAAAGAUCUGGAACCUGCAGAGGAAUCUUUAUAUCCAGCUACUUCAUCCUGCGCAGCCUUACAAAUCUAUUACAGCGUUAGUGGCUCCCCCUUGUGGAGAAACUACCGCCUGCUUAAUGUUAGUGUUUGAGGCAUCAAAAACCAAAACAAAGUGGUUAAUAAAACCAUCCUGAUCCAAAGAAUAAAGAGGAGUUUAAACCCAAGUCUUACCAAAAGUGUUUACAUGUGUUUACAGCAUCGUGUUUCAUGUUUGGACGUCACUGAGACUCCAUGAUGCACUAAAGUGGUGUGAUGAAAAAACUGUUCCAGCUUCUGAUCUUAUUUUUGCUUAAUAUUUGGAAUCAUCCAAUUUAAUUGUGUAAAAAUUCAUUUGGAAAAUGUAAUAAUGUUCAUCUUGUGAAAAUAAUGAUGAAAAAUAAGUUAUUACAUUUAAAAAGAAAGCUUUAAUCAUGUUUGAUUAUUGCUUGUUAUGUGUAGCUUUUUUAUUGGAAACAGUUUAUGAAUGUUUACUUGGGUGGAGGGGAAUGACUGAUUGUGAAAGGAUGUCACACAAUAGUGUAAUAAAUAAUUCUGUAUAAUAAAUGCUGGUGUUUCA